CAUCUUGCCGAUAAAAUAUACAUCAUUGUUAUGCAUAAAGAGUGUCACAUGUUUGCUCAUAAUUGCGAGCCAUUAUUUCAAUGUCUUCUAGCAAUCCAAUUAUCAAACAAGUACCCGUUUGGAUCAUCUCACGAAAAAAACCAUAGGUUCUGGUUAUGGAUCGGAUAUUUUAUCGCCCUUAUCUGAGGGAUUUCUUAUCAGCCUGUCCACGUUGGCACUUUUACAGGCCAGUCGUUUCCAGAUCUAAUCAAAGUACCUAGUACAGAUAAGUAGAUGUAUACUAUUAUAGGUAGGUGCAAGGCGAAGUGUUCAAGUGUUAAGCCGCGCGUAUUCACAUUGGCAACCGAUGAAAGCAUGCAAUCCACCACGUCACCUUCAAGCUCCAUCCACAACCUCAAGUUAUCGCUCCCGGGGAGGGCGAUUGAUUCGACAAAAGACGGUUUCAGUAUCAAAUUUGAUAUCGCCGGCUAUUCAUGCCGGCAGUUUGUUCAGCUUUUAACGGGCGACACGCACGCUAAUUGAGUAAAUUCCGAAAAAGCAAUUGUUUUUUAUAGAAUUCCCACACAUCUAACGUGUGCGCGCGCGACCGUUGGAGCAUCAUAUCGCGGUUCAAAUAGAGACUAUCCAGUCACUCUCAGGCCUACGUAAAGUGUAGACCGAAUUAGCACCUUUUUAUUGUUUAUUGAAAUAUUUUAUCGCACAAACAUGAACGCCGCUGACGGAGAGGAAAACCCCUUCAUACAUGCUCUGCAGUCCGAUGCACUGAACGAGCUUCUUAACGAUAAGGACAAACAUGAAAUGGCACAGCAAUUGGCGGAUAAUUUACGGAAACUAUCGGACAUGUUCGUUAAACUAUCCGAUCAAGAGAAGCAACAGUUCGUAAAGGAGUUCAAAGGUCAAUUCAUAAACCAAUUGAAAGGGUUGUCGGAGAUGGUAAAACAGCAGAAGGUAACCCAUGAUAACGCCGAGGAUUUGAAAUCUAUUCCUCUAUUUGGUGCCAACGAAAUUCUGCAUGAAGAACUCAACUUUUAUUUGAUGAUUGCUUUUGGGAUGUUGAUAGUGUUAUUUGUGGUAUUCUUCGGCUACAAACUAUAUCUUUCUCUAACCGAGAAAGAACGCAAGCUGCAGGAAAAACAGAAAGCCAAGCAGAGCAAAAAGAAGAAAUGAGCUGCUGUGAACCCGCGUGGUCAUACCAUCAGUGGAGGUAGUCGGACGGUUCGCCACCAUCAGCACAAAAACAUUCCACUGGCGAAGAACUACUAAUUUUUGGUACAAGUUUUUCGCCCACCACCUCCUUCUACGAAGCGCAAUCAAGUGAGACUAUAUAGUAAUAUUUAUGAUAACUAUUUUACUACAGCAACUUUUCUUUAUGUCGUCUGCAAUUUUAUCAUAAGCAAGCAAGAUCUAACAAAAGGGCAUCUAUUGAAUUGUUAAGGCAAAAUAGCAGAACUUCCUAUUGCUUUCGUCUGUUAAGUUUGAAAAUUUCGGUCAGGACAUUACAAAGAAAAACCCGAGUUGAGAAAAUGUAUUCAGAUGUGUUAUAUAUACAAACCCAUAUGUAAAGACGUUAAUCAAAAUCAAACAAUGCCAAGCAGACAAAAGAUAUCUGUAUAUGAUAUUAACUUUACAGUUAAUGUGUGUUUUCCUUUAAAUGAUGAAUAAAAAAUAUAUCAUACUUGAA